UCAAGAGGGUUCGUUGGAAAUCGAUUAAGUGCAAUAUAUCUAAAGUUAGUAAAGCUAAGACUGACCAUGAACUUUGAAUAAUACAGAAUAAUAUCACGUGCGUAGAAAUUCAUCGACAUUGCAUCAUUAACCUCACUAACUAGUUCACUUUGUGACGACUAUAAAAUAGUUUUAUUUUCUCUUCUUAUUUUCUUCUACAAUUUUUAUUCGAAAAUGGCAGUGAAUGCCGCAAAAGCUGUUCUAAAACAAGGAAAAACUGUUUUGCUAAUAUGCGAUGUUCAAGAGAAAUUCGCUAAAGCUAUGUACGAAUUUGGGAAAAUCACUCAGAACUCAGUGAAACUGAUAAAUGCAUUGAAACUUUUAAAUGUUCCCAUAAUUGUUUCUGAACAAAAUCCAAAAGCUUUGGGCAAAACUAUUCCUGAAUUUGAUAUUUCUGGUGCUAAAGGACCAUUUGAAAAGACUCAAUUUAGCAUGUGUAUUCCUGAAAUAAACAAAGAACUUUCUACAAUUUGUUCUGGUCAAAAACCAGAUUCAAUUAUUCUCAUUGGAAUUGAGACUCAUGUGUGCAUAGAAAAUACAGCAAUCGACUUAAGACAAAAUGGAUAUGAAGUACAUACUGUUGCAGAUUGCUGUACUUCUCGUACUCAAGAAGAUAGAUUAUUAGCAUUAGAGAGAAUGAAAAGAAUAGGAUGUCAUAUAGCUACUUCAGAGAAUGUCAUUUUUAAAUUGUUGGCAGAUGCAAAACACAAGGAAUUUAAAAAUAUUCAAAGUUUGGUAAAAACACCAACACAACAAACAAAUUUAGUUCCAGUUUCACAAUUAUAAAAAUUCAACUGUGUUAUAUAAAUCACUACAGAGAUAUUUUUAUAAUACGAUAAACAAAUUAUACAUGAAAUUACUUUUAUUUAAAUAUUAAUACCCAUAGGAAUAUUAUAUAUUAUUAUUAUAUUAUAUUAUAUUAUAAUUAUAUAAAAAAGUAAA